CCUGUGUGUAUCGCUCCGAAGGUACAGGCCUCCCUCCAAUAAAAAUGCGCCACGUUUGUUAUGUGGGACCAAUUCAUUUACGCGUCACUAUUUUAUUGGGUGGAACACAUGCGCCGGGAGCAUGUUAGUCCUUCUGUUUAAUAGGGAAGAAGAGGAAUUCGAAAGAAGAGAAAAUCAUCGAAAGAGGAGACGAAGAAAAUGGCAGAAUCAAUGGUGUGGUUUGCAACGAUCUUCGCCAUUUUGUCCGUCGCCGCCUCCGUUGAAGAUAAAUGUGCUGCUUGUAUUGCCGUCGCGGAGGAGCUGGAGUUUGCACUUUCCAGUGAAAAACCAAGGAAUCAUUUGGAUAUGAGACAUCGUUUGGACUCUAAAGGCCAACGUGAAGGAAAAGUAAUUGAUUAUAGAGUCAGUGAGCUUAGGGUUGUUGAACUGUUGGAUGGACUUUGUGACAAGAUGCAAGAUUACACUCUUGAGAAGAUAGACUCAAAUGGACAAAAAUGGGUCAGAGUUGAUUGGGAUAACCUCACAACUAAUAAACAAGAAGCUCGAACUUAUUCGAAAGAUAUAUCAUCUUACUGUGGAAGGUUACUUGAGGAAACGGAAGAUGGGUUAGCAGAAUUGAUAAAGAAGGGAUCUGUUAAAACUGGAGAUGUGAGCAAGGUCCUGUGUCAAAAUUUGAGCACACACUGCGGACAGAUGAGGCUUCUAUUACAGAAUAGGCAGUGGAAGACGAUGGGGAAAAAGAUGAGACCCCAAGGAUGGGUGCAAUGUGGCAGGAAGUUCGUAAAGGGGUAUUCACGGAGAACGGCUCUUAUCACAGAACUACUGAAGAAGGGCCAUGGGUGGAACUGGACAGAGGAGUGUCAGGGAUCCUUUGAUGACUUGAAGGAUACCAUGAUGAUAGAUCCGGAAGGCCAAGCUGGCAGCCUUACAAAUGGUAGCACAUUUGACUUUGAGUACUGUUACCACAACGAUGCGGGAGCGCAUCAAGGAGAACUUAGCCAAAGAUCUAGUUGUGCAAAACUUAAUGAAGCUUACCGAAGAAGGGAAGGCACGAUAGUUCUGGAUGGAAGAUGGAUUGCUGAUGACCCAUGGUACCGACUCUUUGUGCCAUGA